AUGUCUGAUGAAUAUUUAUCAAGUGACAAUGAUUAUGAUGACAUGUCUGAUUCAUCUGAGUCAUCGACUUCGUACAUCGAACAUGAACCACAAUCAACAAAUGGUCACUAUAAGUUGUUAGAAAAUAAACAUCUUGUUAGUGAGAUGGACAAGAUUCUAGAGGAAGUACGGAGUGUCACUAAUUUACCAAAGACUUAUUGUAGAAUACUUCUUCAUCAGUACAAAUGGGAUAAGCAAACGUUAAUUGAAAAAUAUUAUGAGCAGGAGUCGGACACAUUUUUUAAGAAGUACAAUUUAAUUAAUCCAACAUCCCUCAAUAAAAGUAUUAUUUCACCUGCAACAAGAGGUACAUGUAAUAUUUGUUGUUCAGAAGAAGUGUUGACAGAAUCUAUUUGUGGUCAUAAGUAUUGUAAUCAAUGUUGGCUGCAUUACUUUAAAACUAAGAUUACUGAUCAUUGUGAUCAUAUAAUUUCUUGUCAAGAGUAUGGCUGUGAUAUUGCUGUUGAUGAUGAUAUGGUUAUUAAAAUUAUCGGUCAAUCUGCACCGUUAAUAUGUCGUUAUAAGAAAUUAAUAACAAAAUCAUUUGUUGAAUCGAAUAAAAAUUUAAAAUAUUGCCCAAACCCAGAAUGUUACUAUAUUACAAAAGUUAUAUCUAUUGAGGAAGAACCAAUUAAUUGUAGGUGCGGGUUUGUUUAUUGUUUUAAAUGUGGACAUGAAUGGCAUGAACCGUUACAUUGUGAUAUUUUUAAAAGAUGGCUCCGGAAAUGUAGCGAUGAUAGUGAGACAUCUAAUUGGUUAAAUGUUCAUACAAAAGAAUGCCCAAAAUGCGCUUCAACAAUUGAAAAAAAUGGAGGUUGCAAUCAUAUGAUUUGCCAUCGUUGCAAAUACGAGUAUUGUUGGGUUUGUCUACAAGAAUGGGGUCCACAUGGUAAUAAUUGGUAUAGUUGUAAUAAAUACAAUGAAAAAAGGGAUUCCAGUAAUCAGACAAAUGUAACACAAGCUAGAGCAAAAUUAAAUAGGUAUUUACAUUACUACCAAAGAUAUGCUAAUCACCAGCAAAGUUUGAGGCUGGAAGGUAAUUUAAAUAAUACAGUUGAGGAAGCAAUGCAAUUGUUUCAAAAUGAAGGUAUGUCAUGGAUAGAAGUACAAUUUCUUAAGACUGCUGUUACAAUUUUAAGCAACUGCCGUAAAACAUUAAUGUAUUCCUAUGCUUUUGCAUAUUAUCUAGAAAGAGAAUCUUCGACAGAAUCACUUAGUGCUUCUCUUGAAAGACUAUCCGAGGAUACAAGUAUGAUGAGAGAAAUAAAAAGAAAAAUACAGGAUAAAUGUAGAUAUGUCGACCGAAGGAGAGUUGUUUUAUUAAAUCAUAUUAAAGAAGGUUAUGAACAAAAAAGUUGGAUAUUUACUUCUGAUUAA